UCUGCCCAAUAGUUACAAUUACAUUAUUUAAGAAAGUACAAUAAGAAACCAAGUCUAUUUGAUGUUGCCUGACAAGUCGACCGACUUUUAUGAAUCCUUCGUUCCUCAAGGGAGGUUGCCCUCCCUUGUUCCCCGCAAGCCUCAGUUCCCGGCAGAACCUACACCUCUCCCUUUCUUGUCCACAAGCCUCAGUUCCCGACGGAACCUACUCCUCCACAGUGCCUACAAAUAAAGAAACAUCAAAAAGGUCUGCCAACGGCGGGAAUAUACGUACCUCGACUUUUAUGAAUCCUCCGUUCCCAAGGGAGGUUGCCCUCCCUUGUUUUCCGCAAGCCUCAGUUCCCGUCGGAACCUACUCCUCCCUUUCUUGUCCGCAAGCCUCAGUUCCCGACAGAACCUACUCCUCCACAGUUCCUACAAAUAAAAGAAAUAUGAUAGCACAAAGGUCUGUCAGCGGCGAACAUAUACGUACCUCCACAAGGGAGGUUGCCCUCCCUUGUUUUCCGCAAGCCUCAGUUCCCGUCGGAACCUACUCCUCCCUUUCUUGUCCGCAAGCCUCAGUUCCCGACAGAACCUACUCCUCCACAGUUCCUACAAUUAAAAGAAAUAGCACAAAGGUCUGUCAGCGGCGAACAUAUACGUACCUCUUUGCACACACUCUCGCUUUCAGUUUUUGAGGAAGAUAAAAAACCAAGAUGAAACUAAGAAUUUUGCAACUGUACAAAAGAUGAGCAAGAGCCAGUCGUGCACGACUAGCUCCCUUCAACUAUGUACACCCACAGGGCCCCUAAAUGCACAAAGAUGAAUAAGAGCCAGUCGUGCACGACUAGCUCCCUUCAACUAAGUACACCCACAGGGCCCCUCGUCCUAGAUAAAAAAAAAAAAGAAAGGUAAAAAGUGAUAAUGAAAGAAACACUGCAAAUGCACAAAGAUGAAUAUGAAGACUAAAGAAAAGAAUAAAGGGCAAAACGCGCAGUCGAUUCUUUUUUUUUUAUGAGCCCGAUAAACAAAAUGACGGAGCUUAGAAAUUUUGUUGUCACUACUGCCCUAAGGAGCCAGUGAACUGCAGCAAUGUGAAGAAGUGCCUUGAUGAUAAUUAUCGUUGUAGUCUGACGACUGUCAUGCUAUGAUAGUGUCUUUUUCUUAUGGUGCG